AUGAGUACGAACAAACGUACACGUCCAGCACCGGAAGUCUUGAGUCAAGGACCUCAGAAAUGGAGGAGGACUUACCAAGCUUGCUUGAACUGUCGUACUCGGAAAGUUAAGUGCGACCUGGGACCAGUGGACAAUCCUCAUGAUCCUCCAUGCGUAAGAUGCAAAAGAGAGCGUAAAGAGUGCAUAUUCACUGACAGUAGCAGACGAGGAGGUAACAGGACAGCAAACGUUAGUGCAGUUGCUGUUGAUCAAGCAUACGUAACAAAGUCGAUGCAGGAUGCAAUAACAAGUGUGAUGAUAGUGGGUGGUUCACAUGAGCCUUACAAAAGUGAUACAAAACAACUACCGCCUUUGGGUGAAAUAAAAAUGAGCUCUGAGAUAAAUACAAUGCAAAGUGCUUUAGAGUUCUUGGCCAAAGCUGCUGGAUCUGUUGCGAGAGAAGAUUCAAGAGAUCAAAUGGAUGCGGAUUCGAAGUAUGAGCUACUGGAGUCCCGAGAUACCACGCCUGCUAAUAGUAUGCCCGACAGCGGGAAGCUAAAUGGACUUGACUUAUCGGAUGAGAGCUUGUUUGCCCCUCUUGUGAGACCUCAUGGAUCGAAAAGAGCUACGAUACCUUUAAUAGAAAAAUUAAGCAGUAUCAGACCCAAGCCUUCUACUCAACUGACUGAUAUUGAAUACAUCGGUCCUUCAAAGCUUUUGUCAGAGGAAGAAGCAAUGUACCUAAUCGACCUUUUCUUUUUAACAAUGCAUCCAUUUUUCCCCCACAUUCCUCUCCAAUUACAAAAUCCGCAAGAAUUAUGUCAGUAUCCGAUUUUGAUUUGUGCUAUUCUUACUAUAUCGUCGCGCUAUCAUUCUUUGAGCAAAAAUAUUGGCGAUAACGACGAUGAAAGUGGUAGAAAUAUAGAAGUGCACGAACGCUUAUGGAUUUAUUGCCAAAGACUCAUCUCACAGACUGUUUGGGCGGAGGCUAGCACAAGAUCUUUAGGUACUGUUUUGGCAUUUUUACUAUUUACAGAGUGGAAUCCAAGAGCAAUUCAUUGGAGAUGGUCAGAUUACGCUAACAACCCAGAUUUAAAUGAUGUUUCAAAGAGAGAUGUACCGAAUAACGUACAACCACAACAGAGUGAAGAAAGUCUUACAGGUCUCGGUGCCAUGAGACGUAGUGACAGAAUGGCAUGGAUGUUGACAGGUACUGCUGUGAGGCUUGCACAAGAUAUGGGGUUUAUGAAUCGGAGUUCUAAGAUUUUUGUUGCAGCACACAUUUCAGAGACUCAUACUGCUAUGAACAUGAACCAGAGGAGUAUAUUAUCCCAGUCUUUGUCAGAAGUUUCUUUAAACGGAUAUGAAAGUGGGGUUCAGAAUGAAAGCUUUUAUCUAGAUAAGAUUUUGGUAAAUGAUAGUAGUAAAGAAAGGUGGAGCAAGUUUUUGCAACGGUUGGGAACAACUUCUUCAAAAGAUGGAAAACUGACUGAUAUAGAAAGAGAGUUUCUCAACGACGAAUACAUUCUAUAUCAUCGUAAUAAAGAUGCCAGAGCUCAUAAUGGUAACGAUCUUCUGGUAGGGUAUCAGCCCGAGGAGGACGAAGAACGUGAGCUUAAUUUCUCAUUUGGACAAAGGGCUAAAAUUGAGUUAUUGCGGAUCAUGUCCAUUGGUUAUGAAACAAUCUACUGCGGGAAGGUUAAGUUGUAUCCGAAUGACCAACGGCAUAAUCUCGCAGUACUGAGCAUAUUAUCGCCUUUGAUAGAAGGGUGGUAUAACACUUACAAAAAACUGCUCGUUCCUUGUGGCGGUAUGCCAUGCCAAUUAGAGCAUUGUACAAACAAAAGGCAAGUGUUUGAGAUUGCGAAAAAAAUCGACUGCGAGAGUCUCAUUAGCGAUUACUAUUACUGCCAACUGUAUAUCUACUCGCUUGCGCUUCAAGUGGACACAAAUGCAACAAAAGAAAAGCGUUUAAAAUUGAACGAUGUGACCAAGAGUGCACGCUACGUAGAGCUCGCCUACAAUGCCGCAAAAGAAAUUUUGAGCUCGUCAGUGCGCGUGCAUAAGCUGAGAAUGUUGAAGUAUAUGCCCGUGAGGUGGGUGACGCGAAUCGUACGUGCGGUGGCGUUUGUGGUAAAAUGCUACUUGACGUUGACCGGCGGCGGGAUCGCGACCAAUCCGGAGGCAAACACCAUAUUGACUCUGACAGUCAUUCCAACCGAGGAGAUUAUCCAGACGAUUCAACGUGUUGCCAUUACGCUGCGGGAAGCGUCGCCCGACGAGCUACAUCUGUGUACACGCUACUCGACAAUUCUGAUGUAUUUGUGCACGGAGCUGAAGUUGCGGUCGCAGCCGAAUCCGCAGCCUCCCGUUCCGCGUUCCAUUUCCGCGGAUCACAUGCUGCGUCAACAGCAGGAACAGUAUGGCGAUCGCAGGUCGCAGAACGGUUCGGCUCUAAACGAGCCGGCCCCAGCCGAGCCCGACGUCCAAGAACAACCGGCCGAUUUCUGUUUCCCCACGUUGCUGGACGACAAGCCUACGAGCAGUGGCCAAACUCAGGUGUUGGACUGGUUCCUGACGAGCGAAGACAUUGGACUGGAUUUCGUGGAGCCUUGGACCGAGAUGAUCGAGCGGCAGUUUAUCAGCCAGGACGACACCAAGACUUUCGAGAGCCUGUACAAUCAGGCCACUGGCCACGAGUUUCAACUCGGCAGCAAGGACUAG